AUGGUCUCAGCCUUUAGGCGACUUUUGCAGUCUGAAAUGGGGAAAGGAUAUAAGGAAGGAAGGACAAAAGGUGGUGUUUGCAUUGCUCAAUCACAGAAAAUCCCACGUGAACCAAGACCUGGAGAAUUUGAAAAAAUUAUCAAACGCCUGCUAGAAACACCUAAUGCUCGGGCAGUGAUUAUGUUUGCCAAUGAAGAUGACAUCAGGAGGAUAUUGGAAGCAGCGAAAAAAUUAAACCAAAGUGGUCAUUUUCUCUGGAUUGGCUCAGAUAGUUGGGGAUCCAAAAUAGCACCUGUUUAUCAGCAGGAGGAGAUUGCAGAAGGAGCGGUGACAAUUCUGCCCAAAAGGGCAUCAAUUGAUGGGUUUGAUCGCUACUUUAGAAGCCGAACUCUUGCCAAUAAUCGAAGAAAUGUGUGGUUCGCAGAAUUUUGGGAGGAGAAUUUUGGAUGCAAGUUAGGAUCACAUGGAAAAAGGAACACUCAUAUAAAGAAAUGCACAGAUAAUCAGCCUCCUCAACUUGAAAUCCAAGGGCACUAUAGGCUUCAAGCAAAUCGCUUCUGCAUUAAGACUAUUGAACUUGGGAGAGGAGAGCAGACAUUCACACCAAUAACAAUAGAACAAAGCAACAUGGGCAAGAGUGGUGCAAAGAACGUUUGUAAUAGAGCUGUAGCACCUUCAGCUGGAGUGAUUGGUAAAGAUUUUGGAGACAGGCAAAUAUUUAGCGUGAAUCUUAAAGAAGGGGUCUUAUUUGACUAG